AUGUCCGUUCGUGAGCUUCGCAAUGUGCUGAAGCAGGAAGGGCCAUGUCUCCUAUUUAUUAUGGAGACAAAAAUUUCGGCGAAGAGAAUGGAGGAUCUGCAAGUCUCUCUGGGGUUUGGAGGUUGCUUCGCGGUUGAUAGUGAUGGUUUGAGUGGAGGGAUAGCUCUCUAUUGGUCAGCAGAGAUGGAUGUUGACGUUAAAAACUUUAGUCCUUGCCAUAUUGAUGCUAUGGUGAAGAGGAAUAAUAGCAGUGAUCUUAUAUGGAGAUUAACUUGCUUCUAUGGAGCUCCAAAGGCUGGUGAUCGGCACCAUAGUUGGAGAGCCUUGCGGAAUCUGAAUGCUGUUGAGCACCUGGCAUGGUUGUGUGUUGGAGAUUUCAAUGAAACAUUGUAUGCGACUGAGCACUUCUCCAGGGCAGCAAGACCGGAGUGGCAAAUGAGAGCGUUUAGGGAGGUAGUAGAGGAAUGCUCUUUCAAUGACCUGGGAUGGUCAGGUGUAGAGUAUACAUGGGAUAAUGGUCAAGCGGGUGAGGCGAAUGUUAAAGCCCGGUUGGACAGAGCCUUUGGUGAUGAGGCGUUUGUAAAGAGAUUUCAUCAUUAUAGAGUUCGGCACAUAGUCUCGACGGAAUCCGAUCAUUGCUUCGUUCUUGUUCAGUUCAGAGAGGAUGGGGUCGAGGAGAGAGCAAGAGGGAGAAAACAAUUCAGAUAUGAACAUGUUUGGCAAACUCAUGUCGAGUAUGAUCGGUUGAUUCUUGAUUCGUGGGAAAAAGGAGCAGGGAAGCAAGGGCUGGAGGGUGUGGUACAAGCGCUAAAAUCUGUCCAAGAAAAAUUUAGUGUUUGGGGAUCCAAGGAGUUUGGAGAUUUGUCACGUAAAGUGAGAAAACUUCUAGAGCGAUUGAACAAUUUGCAUCGUCGCUCAGUGGGCCGUGGGCCAAAUGAGGAGGAGAAAGCAAUUGUUAAACAGCUUCGUGAGGCUCUUAGGCAGGAGGAAAUUUGGAUCCGAGAGAGAUCUAGAAUGCAAUGGCUACGGGACGGUGACCGUAACACUGCUUAUUUUCACGCUCAAGCUGCUCAUCGUAAACGUAUUAACAAAAUUGAGAACCUCCAGCGUGAUGAUGGUUCGAGUUGUGUACACUACUAG